AUGGCGACCAAAACCGCUUGCUUUAGUGACCAUGGCUUUCCCAGGCACUUGGAGCGUUUGGAGUUAGACUCUGCUGUGGAAGGUUCACACCUAUCAGCGCCCAGUCCGGCGCAACCCUUGGACGAGGCUGACCUGGACAGUGAGAUGGGCCUGUCCUUUGCGCGGCAGAUCUCCCCCAACUGCCGCCUGGUCGACUGCAAGGUGCCAAGCCCCACCUGUGCGGAUGCACCUGAUGAUACCAGAUUGGAGUUCAAGGACUUCAAAAAACAAGCGCAGUCCUUGGCCUCUGAAUUCUUUUGCUCCCAAGAUGUGGAGGGGAUGGUGGCGUCCGUCAGAGGCUUGGGAUGUUUGCCUUUCCAUGACGAGUUGGCGGCUUCGCUCUUGAGGGCUUCCUUGGAUCAGAAAGACGUCACGCGUCAAGCGGUCAUUCCGUUGCUGAUUGCACUUCAUGAGGAGGAGCUCAUGUCCACCGCACAGUUGGCCAGAGGCUUCGAGAAGCUGGUUCUGUCCUGGGAAGACUUGCAGUUGGAUGUGCCCGGAGCCCCUGGGCUCCUGGUCUCCUUGCUCUCAUCACGCGUGGGUCUCUUCGACAAGAGCCUCUUCGCGCGUCUCCCCGAAGACCUGCUGUCCCGAGUCUCCUGCGAUCUGCCAACGAACCUGGCCCAGCGGACCAUCCAGACACACCUGGAAGAACUCAGAGCAACGUGGCACGCACGGCUGGUGGCACCCAAGAAUCUUCAGGGCUGGGUCAGGGCCUUCAAAACGGAGCUGCACUGCAAGAUCCAGGAGCAUUUGCUGCGUAUGGGGACGGCUGAUGGUUUGGCUGCUUGGUUGCGGGAGGAAUGCAAACCCGCCUUUCAUCACGAGGUAGUUGUUGCAGCAUGCCUGUGUUCCUUUGAUGGCAAGCCAUCCCCAGAUGCCUACUGGACCUCUUGCUUUGACUCUGGUGAUUUGCGAGCAGAGAAAUGUCGCAUGGUGCUAGACGCCUUGGUCCAACUGGCCAACAGUGAGCAUCUUCUCAGCGAGACGGAUAUUCAAAUUGGCUUCUCCCGUGUUUUGGGCAUCGUUACCACUGAUACUCGGGAGAUGGAAGCCACUGAGACACGCAGCGAUUUCCCGCACCUGGUGGCUUUGCUCCGUGGCGCCGUGGAGAAGGAACUUCUGGCGGCGCAGUUCCUGAAGUUGGCGCGGCGCUUGGGCUAUGGCGGGCCCUUGGGGAUGCAGGCGCUGCGUUGGGCACAGCGGCAGACGCCCUUGCACUCAAGGCGCGUGUGGGGAUCUGGCGACCUCCGCCAGAUGCGGGCCGAGAUGCAUGAUACCAUUGAGGAGUACUUUGAUUCCCACAGCACGGAGGAAUUGGCACAAGUCAUUGAAGAACUUCACCUGUCAUCCAAAGAACAGGCCCGUUUCUGGGAGGAGGGUGACCAUUUGCUGGGCACAUGUCACAAGGUGACCUUCCUUCGCAAGCUGCUGGUGGCCGGCAUGGAACGUGGCGCGCAACAGGUGGCCCUGUACGCCACAGAGGAGCUGUUAGGAUUCUGCUGGACCGACCAGGAGGUGGAAGGUGCAUUCCAACAACUUCGCGACAUUGAAGCAGACUUGGUUCUUGACUUCCCAGAGAUCCGCGAGUGCACUGGGAAGCUGGUGAAGCUUGCAGUACCUCGGCUUGGUCGGUUUUCGGGGCGAGGUGUUUUCGAAUUUCAAGCCUCCCUUCGCGAGAGUUUGAGCUACAUGACUGUACAGUUUGCAUGCCGUACAUUUGAGAGCCCAGUUUCGGGCGGCCGGGCAGAUUUGAAGUUGGCAAGGCCGCGCACCGGCCGUGCCGCGCACGGGCCAAGCAAGCAGGAUACGAG